UCAGGUUUCCAGGUAGCUAAUCAUCUAGUGUGUGUUACAGUCUCUGUCCUACAGUCUUAGAGGGGCAGGGGUGAUUGGCAUAUAUACUGGUAUCUGAUUGCAGCAGAGGGUGAUGCUCUAAACAAGGCAGGGGGUGAGAACCAACCCCUGAGUGUCUCUGAGGAAAAUGUGUCUCUGUUCCCUAGAGUGUGCUGCUGGUGGGUUUGUUCUACAGAGUGACCAUUGGCACCCAAAGUUUUUGUUGUAAGGACUGGGAGGCACCAGUUAUCUUUGGACCCCUGUCACAGGUGGCUGGGUGACCUGAGCGGAACUACCAGUCCUUAGGUCUCUGUUGUGGGUAGGUGGUGACCUUGUGUAAUAGGCAAAGGUGUGGAGGACGAGGGAGUAAGCAGAUUACCAGGCUGCCUGAGCAGUAAGUAUGGAUUCUUCUAAGUUCACACUAUUGGACAAUGAUGGGAGGAGAGGCAGGAAUGAAAAGAAUUACAUAAUUGGGCAGGGAGGCAGGUUCAGAUAAAAGCCCCAGCUUCAAAAUUGACUCGAUGAGGGGUGGAAUACACUCAGACUAAGGCCAUGGAGCUCAGCAUUCUCCUCCUCCUGGCUCUCUUCACAGGCCUCUUACUUCUCCUGGCCAGGAGCUACCCAAAGGCCCAGGGCCACCUCCCACCAGGCCCAAGUCCUCUGCCUUUCCUGGGGAACCUUCUGCAGAUGGACAGAGGAGGUCUACUCAAAUCCUUCCUGAAGCUCCAAGAGAAGUACGGGGAUGUGUUCACGGUGUACCUGGGGCCCAGGCCUGUGGUCAUGCUGUGUGGAACAGAGGCCAUACGGGAGGCCCUAGUGGACCAAGCUGAGGCCUUCUCUGGCCGGGCGGAUGUCGCCUAUGUUGAGCAAGUCUUCCAGGGAUAUGGUGUCAUCUUUGCCAACGGGGAUCGCUGGAAGACCCUCCGACGAUUCUCUCUGGCCACCACGAGGGACUUCGGGAUGGGAAAGUGGAGCGUGGAGGAGCGGAUCCAGGAGGAGGCUCAGUGUCUGGUGGAGGAGUUGCGGAAAUCCAAGGGAGCUCUCCUGGACCCCACCUUCUUCUUCCAUGCCAUCACCGCCAACAUCAUCUGUUCCAUGGUCUUUGGAGAACGCUUUGCCUACAAAGAUCCCCAGUUCCUUCGGUUGCUGGAUACAUUCUACCAGACCUUUGCACUUGUCAGCUCCUUCUCCAGCCAGGUGUUUGAGCUCUUCCAGGACUUCCUGAAGCACUUUCCGGGCCCACACCGGCAAGUCUACAAAAACCUGCAGAAAGUCAACACCUUCAUCAGCUGCAGUGUGGCGAAGCACCGGGAAACCCUGGACCCCAGCACCCCUCGGGACUUCAUUGAUACCUACCUGCUCCGAAUGGACAAAGAGAAGUCCAACCCCAACACUGAGUUCCACCAGAGGAACCUCAUUCUCACCGCACUGUCUCUCUUCUUCGGUGGUACUGAGACCACCAGCACCACUCUCCGCUACGGAUUCCUGCUCAUGCUCAAAUACCCCCACAUCGCUGAAAAAGUCCGUAAGGAGAUUGAACAGGUAAUUGGCUCACAUCGCCCUCCAGCUCUCGAUGAUCGAGCCAAAAUGCCGUACACCGACGCUGUCAUUCAUGAGAUUCAGAGAUUUGGGGACUUCCUCCCCAUUGGCGUACCCCACAUGGUCACCAAAGACACUUACUUCCGAGGGUACAUCAUCCCCAAGGGCACUACCACGUACGCUAUCAUGAGUUCCGUCCUCCCUGACCAAAGGCACUUUGAGAAACCAGACGCCUUCUACCCUGGCCACUUCCUGGAUGGGGACGGCAACUUCAGGAAGCAGGAAUCCUUCAUCCCAUUCUCUAUGGGCUUAGAGCAGCUGGCCCCUGAGCGCUCAGUCUCUGGGCCCCUGGGGCCUCUGGGCUGUGCAUCCUCACCCCCAGCCCCUCUUCUACACACCAUGCUGGACUUGGAGGAAUUUGUACCCCCUGUGCCCCCACCACCCUACUAUCCCCUGGAGUAUACCUGCAGCUCAGAAACAGAUGCACAGAGGUCUUGCAAUAUUUCCACCUUCGACAGGGUGCAGUCUUAG